AUGGACCUGCGAAGAAUCUUUCCGGCCUUGUUUACAAAAUCGGAAGAAUCUCCAGCUCGCUCGCGGGAUGCAACCAUUUACCUAUUGCGCUGCAUUUUCCUGAUGGGUAUACGCAAACCACCUGCAAAGUUCUUUGUGGCCUACGUUCUAUGGUCUUUUACCCUGAACUUCUGUUCUACAAUUUACCAGCCAAUUGGAUUUCUCACGGGCUACAUCAGCCAUCUGUCUGAGUUCUCGCCGGGAGAGUUUCUUACUUCGCUCCAAGUGGCUUUUAACGCAUGGUCCUGCUCCACCAAGGUGUUGAUUGUCUGGGCACUAGUCCAACGCUUUGACGACGCCAAUGCCAUACUCGACGAGCUGGACAAACGUCUCACACUGCCCAGGGAGCGGCUUCAGAUUCACCGCGCUGUAUCGCUUAGCAACCGGAUUUUUUUUUUUUUCAUGGCAGUGUACAUGGUUUAUGCCACAAAUACUUUUAUUUCUGCUAUUUCAAUUGGACGGCCCCCUUACCAAAAUUAUUAUCCGUUCCUGGACUGGCGAUCCAGCACACUGCACCUCGCCCUGCAGGCCGGCCUGGAGUACUUCGCUAUGGCUGGUGCCUGUUUUCAAGAUGUCUGUGUAGAUUGCUACCCAGUAAACUUCGUGCUUGUACUUCGCGCACAUAUUUAUAUCUUUUCGGAGCGUCUCCGGCGUCUUGGCACAGAUCCUGCGGAAACCACGGAGCAGAGAUUCGAGCGGCUAGUGGAGUGCAUACACGACCACAAGGUCAUACUACGAUUUGUCAACUGCCUGCGCCCUGUGAUAUCUGGAACCAUAUUUGUGCAAUUUCUGGUAGUAGGAUUGGUGCUGGGCUUCACCCUAAUCAACAUUGUCUUGUUUGCUAAUUUGGGAUCGGCUAUCGCAGCGCUCUCCUUCAUGGCCGCUGUGCUUCUGGAGACGACGCCCUUUUGUAUACUGUGCAACUAUCUUACAGAAGACUGCUAUAAACUGUCAGAUGCCCUUUUCCAUUCCAAUUGGAUACAGGGGCAAAGGCGCUACAAAAGCACUCUCCUGUUUUUCCUACAGAAACUUCAACAGCCGAUAACAUUUAUGGCCAUGGAAGUAUUUCCGAUAUCUGUGGGAACAAACAUCAGUGUCACAAAGUUUUCGUUCUCUGUGUUUACUCUCGUAAAGCAAAUGAAUAUUGCUGAGAAAAUGGCGAAAUCUAAUAAGGACGAGUAAUCAAAGGACGUUUCAACGUUUAAAGGGUUAUGUAC